CCCACACCAGACUGGCACGCUCUCAUCUCGCGUCUCUCUCUCUCUCUCUUCCUGCCUCUCAAUUGGUCCGCGCUCCGUGUCUGCUGAGGCUGAGGAGGGAGGGAUGAUCGUUGAGGCGCACUGACUUUCAGAUGGAUUUCAGAUGCGAAAGCUCGCACAUGCUCUCCAACCUCCCCCAUCAACACAUAAAGCAGCUCGGUCUGGGAACGGAGCUUCCGAAUAGUUAAACGACAGGAUAUGCAACUGAGACCAAAGGUAACCAGUUUGGUCGAGCGUUUCGGGUUUGUUACAGUUUUGUUUAAAUCUCGGAAAAAGUGGGUAAACCUUUGAUCAUGUGAAUAAAAGAAAGGGGGGGGAAAGAAAGAGAAAGAAACGAGCGAAGAGCCUGGAUAACAGCUGUAGAGCGAACAUAUCCCAGCAGAGGAUGGCGAGAACACUUGCUGAGACGGAAUAAAAGACCUUUUCCGAUGUAGUGACAGCGGAUCUCGUCCGAAAACAACGCGCAAAGAGGCGCUGGGAUUCCCUUUGUCCCCACGUGUGGAUGCGCUGUGAAGAAGGUUUGCACGGGAAGCUGCUGUGUUUGGACAGCACGAGAGAUACUUACGGAAAGAUGAGGAAGAGCAGGAGUGUCCUCACAGUCUCUCCCAACAAUGACAGCAAAGAGCCUCCGGACUGCUGCCUCAGUGAGUCUUUCACUUCCCCUUCCUGCACUCUUGGAGUCGACCUGCGCCGAGGACGACGGCGUUUCUCGGGCAACCUGCAGCUGCCCCCGCUGUCGUGGCGUCAGGGGGAGAGGUCGCGGACGCCUGACGGAGAGAUCAUGACGAGGCCGACGUCCCUGCCGUUCGGAGCUCCUCCCAGGAUAGACAUCACACCGGUGGAUCCUGAAUGCUUCGAUGUGGAGAAUGGACCCUCUUCUAGCUGCAGCCCCUUGGACCCUCAGGCCUCUCCUGGCUCCGGUCUGGUCCUCCACACCAACUUCCCAGGUCACAACCAGCGGCGAGAGUCCUUCCUCUAUCGCUCAGACAGCGACUAUGAACUGUCCCCCAAGUCCAUGUCACGAAACUCCUCCAUCGCCUCUGAACUACAUGGUGAUGACCUGAUCGUAACACCUUUUGCUCAGGUAAAUAUCCCGUUAUCUAGUUGCAUGCACACAUUUAUUUUUCUGACAAACUUGAAUAGUUCACUGGAUUUUAAGCGCUCUCCUGCAGCAACAACUCAGCCUCCAGUCACCAGAGUUUGUCUCCCGGAUGACGCGUACCAGAAACUGGCCAUGGAGACAAUGGAGGAGUUGGAGUGGUGUUUGGACCAGCUGGAGACCAUCCAGACCUACCGCUCUGUCAGCGACAUGGCCUCCACCAAGUUCAAGAGAAUGUUGAAUCGGGAGUUGACGCACCUAUCCGAGAUGAGUCGGUCUGGGAACCAGGUUUCCGAAUUCAUCUCCAACACCUUCCUAGACAAACAAAAUGAGGUGGAGAUCCCAUCGCCAACAUCCAAGACACGGGAGAAGAAGAAGCAGCAGAAGCAGCAGCUGAUGACACAGAUCAGCGGGGUCAAGAAGGUCUCCCACGGGCCCUCGCUCUCCAGCAGCAGCAUCGCGCGCUUCGGGGUCAAGACUGAUAAGGAGGAGCUGCUGUCCAAGGAGCUGGAGGACCUCAACAAGUGGGGCCUGAACAUCUUCUCGGUUUCAGAGUUCUCCAACAACCGACCUCUCACCUGCAUCAUGUACGCCAUCUUCCAGGAGCGAGACCUUCUAAAGACAUUUAAGAUCCCGGCAGAUACAUUUGUGGCCUACAUGAUGACAUUAGAAGAUCACUACCAUUCAGAUGUGGCCUACCACAACAGCCUGCACGCUGCUGACGUAGCACAGUCCACACACAUCCUCCUGUCAACUCCAGCCCUGGAUGUAAGUCUUUCUGAAAGCGAUGUCUUAAAGUCCGACUUGAACUGGAGGUUUGGUGAUACCGAUCAUUACUCUAUUCAAGCUCGAGUAGCUGAAAAGAGCCAGGUGGGCUUCAUCGACUACAUCGUGCACCCUCUGUGGGAGACCUGGGCCGACCUGGUCCACCCCGAUGCUCAGGACAUUCUGGACACGCUGGAGGACAACAGGAACUGGUACCAGAGCAUGAUUCCCCAAAGUCCGUCUCCGCCCUUCUACGACCAGAGCACACACGGACACAGCGGAGGCACCGGAGGGCCGGGGGGCGGGGAGAAGUUUCAAUUUGAGCUGACCUUAGAGGAGGAGGACUUGGACGGGAUGGAAAAAGACGGCGACGCGGAGGAAGACGAAGAGGAGGAAGAGCUGGAUGAGGAGGAGGAGGAGGAGGACAGUCUAGGAGAUUCGCGUUCUCCUCCGCUGGACUAUUUGGACGGUCAGGAGAAUGACAAGGAAGGCAUGAUCGAGCCCACGACGGCGAUAGAGAUCGUGACGCACGAGGCUUCGCCCACAGACACAUAGGGCUUCCAGCAUCAGGUUCACUCGGUGAUUUGAACGGCGGGUGUUUUUUUUGGAAAAAGAGGGGAAAAUCCUCUCGGAGCUGUCCUUUUUAAAAAGCCCACAGAGGCAAGGGCUUAGUUUUGCCCCGCGCAGUGGCAUGUUGCACUUGGGUGUUUGAAGCCAGGCACGGACGGACGGUUUCAGCGAAGCGGCUUCAGAGUUCUCAGGAAAUAAUUCACGCGAACAAUUGAGUCUUGAUGGAAAAGCAAGACUGACGGUGGGACUUGAAGGAUUUCAGCCAGUUUGGAAAAUGGUUACUUUUCUUUUCUGGACUGGCAUUAAAUGGACACUGACACUACUGAGAGAAGUUUUGUACCUUGAGACUUUUUUACCGAUACACGAUAUGAUCUAGAAGUAGCAUAGAGUGAGAUCUACUGAUGGAGACACAUUUGUAUAGCAAGAGGAAGUGUUUACUUUUUUCCUGUACCAUUUGUCAAAGGACUUGUGUGCCUUUUUUACUAUUGUCUUUAUAAUAGUUUUUUAUUUAUUGAACACUCUAGUAUGUCUGUGAAAUGUUUUUUUGUUUCUUUGUUUUGUUUCUUAACUGAAUAGAGCAAUUUUUUUUUUGUAUAUUGAAAAAAGUCUUCCAUGUAUUGGGCAAUAGAGAAACAAAUGUCGACAAACAACUUUUGGACAAAUUCAUCUAAACGAGAAAACAUUUCAGCACAAGUUCCUUCUUUACACGUGGAAUUCAAAUCCACGGUUCACGCCGCAGGUUUAGCUUCUUGCUUUCUGGAUCACAUGUCAGUCGAUGAAUGUCACAGUUGCACACAAAUACAACACCUCUCGUUCUUGUUCAACAGCUUUUCUUUUAGUUUUUAAUGGCCUGCAGACCAUUGCACUUCCUGCUGUUUCAAACCAACUCUCCACUUUUAAUGCAAAAGUAAAGUGUAAACUAUUUGGGGCAUUGGAGUUAGACACUUUUGUCUGUUCAUUUUGGUGUGAAACAGGCGUUACCCACGUUCAAACCCUCAUUGCCAGAUAAAAUAGGCAGAAACCCGAGCAAACAGGCCCUUACGUCAAGCUGCUCAGAUCUGCGAUGAAAAGAAAUCUGCUCAGGAUAAAAUGCGCAACAGCGAUGAGUCUAUUUUUAGCCCACAGGUAUGCUACAGUCGUAAUAAUCCUGUUAGUUGAAAUGGGUUCUGACCACAGAACUGAUGUAACCCCCCGCCUCUUUGCAAUCAGGCCCAGACCAGAUGAUUAAAGGUGCUCUUGCAGCUGCCUGUCUGAAAGGCGC